GUGAGAGAUCGCUGCGCAGCAUCACAGAGCAGCCCGCCGCUUGCGGUCCCACACAUCAGAGCUACGGGGACUGAGCUGGAAUCACCAGGCAUGAUGUCAUCAACUGCCCAUCUCCUGAUUGGCUUUUUCUGCCACUUACUGUGCCCUCUAGUGUCAAGUCACAUACCAGAUGGGAUCCCCGAGGCAAGGUCAGCCUUUUCAGUGGCUAGGACCAACAGCAUGGAGGGAGGCCCCAAAAUGGUGGUGACCUUCGACAAGGUUUAUGUAAACAUUGGCAACGACUUUGAUGCCAAAACAGGGGUGUUCCGGUGCCGUAUUCCUGGGGCCUACUACUUUUCCUUUACAGUGGGCAAGUUUCCCAGAAAAAAUCUGUCAGUAAUGCUGAUGAAAAACAAGAAUGAGGUUCAAGUUAUUGUGUAUGAUGAGCAUAAUGGAAAAGACAGGAAGGUUCAAAGUCAAAGUGCCAUGCUUCAGCUUGACUUUGGUGACACAGUGUGGUUGCGCCUGCAUGGAGAUCCAAAAUAUGCCCUGUACAGCAACACGGGACCAUACACCACCUUCAAUGGCUACCUGAUUUACCCCAAUACCUACUCGAGUUUCACGAACAGCCUGAGCUCCAAGGAGGUUCUUGAACCACAUUUGUCCAGCCUCCAAUCAUCCUGCUUACGGCAGGACAGCGGCUGCCAGAAUGUGUUGUCUGACCAGCCAGAGGAUGAGCCCUCAGAGGAGGAAGAAGAGGAGGACCCCCGGUCUGCGUUCUCAGCGGCUCGGACCCAGAGCAUAGUGGGACAGGACCAGGAGAAGUUAAAGCACGAGCCCAUCACCUUUGACUCAGAAUUUGUUAACAUUGGCAAUGACUUCAACACUUCCACUGGUGUGUUUACGUGCCGCAUUCCAGGCGCCUAUUACUUCUCGUUUACUGUUGGAAAGCUUCCACACAAGAUGAUGUCAGUGAAGCUUAUGAAGAACCACCUAGAAGUUCAGGCAAUGAUCUAUGAUGACAGCCACUCUAAAAGAAGAGAGAUGCAGAGUCAGAGCUUGAUGCUGUCGCUGAACCGAGGGGACACCAUCUGGCUAUAUAGCCACCAACACGAUGGCUACGGGGCCUAUAGCAACCAUGGCAAGUACAUCACCUUCACCGGAUUUCUGGUGUACCAGCAGCCGGCUCCACACAACCCACCAACUGCCAAUGGGCAGCUCUGAAAAGUUGUGGGGCUUGAAGACAUUCCGAGUGUCUGAAUUUUUUUCUUCUUGAGUACAUUGUCUAAGUUGUGAGGAACUUUCGUUUUCAAAAGUGAGACGCAUGACAAAGAUUUGAAUGUUCUAUCCAUCCUGCUUUCUGGGAACAAGCAGUUUGUUCAAUGGAGUAUUAGCAAAAAGCACCUGUGGCAGACUCUCCUAGGCUCUGGAGAUGACUACUGAACCUUCACUUCAGCCAUUUUCUAACAGACAGCUUCAUGACUUAGAUCACUUUGUACAGCAGAUGGAGAUCCUCACAUGCAGCACAUCAAUGCACUCAUAGUGUGUGGCUCUGCAACAGGAAGGUCAACACAAGUUUCACCACAUGGAGAUCAUCAUUCAUACUGAAUUGCAAAGGCAUCAUUACAGGCUCCAACACAGAACUGCACCUCUUAAUGCUCAGUAGGUGUUCCAUCACAAGGAGGAGCGCUGAAGCUUCAUUGGGUGGUCUACUAUGAGGAAAUGUACUCACCAGAUAUUCCUUCUCUGAACAUCUCCACUAGGAAGGGGCUCAUAAACUUCAUUAUAUGCUCUAGCACAAGACAUUAUAAUUAACUUAUUACAUAGCCAGCUGUGUGUGGUAGAUCUUCAUUCUCCACAGCGUAUUCAUUGCCUUAAAUUAUCAUUUGCUUUACUACAGGGCACACUAAUGAACUUACUACAUGGCCCUCUGUGCGCAUGGUUGGUCUAGAUCAACUACAGAAUGUUCAAAACCUCCAGGAGGACCUCUGAAACUUCCUUAUAUGUUUUACAAGAAGGCACCAUUUUGAAUUUAUCACAUAUUCCCCUGCGAGUAUGGUAGGUUUCAUUCAACUCAACAUAUGUUCAACACCUAUAGGUGGACUCCAAAACUUCAUCACAUAUUUUUUAUCAGAAGGCACCAUUCUGAACUUAUUACUCAGCCCACUGUGUGUCCAGUAGACCUUGACUCAGCUAAAUGCAUUUGUUAUCUUAAGAAGGAACUCUACCACAUGUUCUAAAACUAGGCACUAUAAUUAACUUAUUACACAGCUCACUGCUUGCACAAUACACCUUGAUUCACCACAACAUGUUAAUCACCUUAAUUGAUCACACGUUUUCUGCAAGGUCCUACAAUGAACCUAUUCUUUGUUCACAUUCAGUCUAGAAACACCAAAACCUGUUCAAAAUCUUUAGGAGGAACCUCUGAGGCUUCAUCACAUGUUCCAACACAAUAAGGAUUAUACUGAUAGUGCAUUGACCUGUAAAUGUAUUGCAAGUCUUGGUUCACAAUGCAUCAACCACCAGUAGUUCUAGGCGCCCCACCAAAAUUCUACUAUAUGCUCUUUACGAAGGCACCAUUCUGAACUUAUUACACCGCCCUCUGUGUUUAGGGUAGGUCUAAAUUCACCAUAUUGUGUUCAAGACUAUUUUACCUCCAAAGCUUCAUCGUGUGUUGUAGCACUAUAAUGAACAUAAUGCAUGGAUUGGUACUGUAUAUGUAUUGCAAGUCUUCUUUUACCACAAACGUAUUGUGCAUGACCACUGAAUCUUCACCUCAUGUUCUACAGUGACGAUCCAUUGGUUAUUACACAAACAUGGUCCCCUAUGUGCAAGCUAGAUCUUGAUUCACGGAAAUAUGUUUAAUGUCUAAAGAACGGCCUCUAAACCCUCAUUACAACGCAGUAGAAGGUGGCACUGAUUUGAAGACUUCAUUGCCUUAUGUUAUCACGUUCUUUACCAUAAGGCACCCUAAUGAACUUACAAUAGCCUCUGUAUGGAUGUUUAGGAUUUAUUCACCACAGUGUCCUUCCAAGGGAUUGAGCACAUGCUCUGAAACACUAUAAUGAAUUUAUGGUUUAUGUAUACUGCAAGUCUUCAUUUACUACAAAGCAUUCCCGAACUCCAACAGGACUACUGAGGCUUCAAGUCGUGAUUAACCACAAGCAUUAUAUUAAAUUUUAUACAUGACAUGGUCAUCUAUGUGUCUACAGUACAUCUUGAUUAACCAUAAUAUGUUUAUCACCUAAUGGAGGACCUCCAGAAUCUAUUCACACACUACAACAAGCCACUAUGUUGAACAUUUUAAAUGGCUCUCUGUAUGUAUUAUAGUUUUGAUUAACCAUAAUGCACUCAUCUCCUUGGUGAAUCACCAAAGUGUCAUCACAAAGCCUAUCAGAAGAAACCAAUUUCAAGUUAUUAAAUGACCUUACUUACUUAUGGUUGGGUUUGAUUCAGCACUUCUAGGUGGAGCAGCAACAUUUCAUUACAUUUUCUAAUGCUUUGAGUUCAUCUUCACCAGGAAGUCAUCUGAAGUUCCGACAAUAAACUGGGCUCAUCCUUGGGCUUCCCUACAAUGCGGUCACUUUCCUUCUACUGUUGCAUCUGCUUGACUAGCAGUUAGACUGAUGAAGUGCUAAAAUCAGAAGUGUACACAUUGACCACUAUAUAAUCUGUUCAUGUUUCUGAGUAAAUUAAAUUGGCGGCCAGUAAUUACUUGUAGAGAUGUGUAAACUUGCUCUCCCUAUUAAGCUGUCUUGGCUGAAGACAUGUGCUGCUCUAAUUUUAAGCAGAACCCUGUUGGUAAGCUGCACCCAUUACUGCCAGUACAGGCUCUGGCACCUGAGACCCUGAAUAGAAUCAAGCAGGUUAUUGAGAAUGAUGUGGUAUGUUGUGGAUGUUAGGUAUUCAUGCUGUUCCAUCUAGUGACAGAAGUGCACUACUGUGGACUUUAUAAGGCCAAACCAUAUUGUACUACAGCUGGAAACAAAACUUGGCUGGCUUUGAUAAAAAUGAACAGCACAUGCAAAGCCUAAAAAGCAGUCAUACUUUAUGCACUUGUGCUUUGUGUUUGUGUGUGACCACGCUAACUACAAUACCAGCGUGAGUUGACAUAAAUCAUGAGAACUGAGAGAUCUAACCAUUAUCACAGAAGCCUUCUAAAGUCAAAGUCAUGUCUUAUUGAAAAAAAAACAAAACAGGAAGAAGGCGACACUGUGUAGACAAGAUGUGUGCAUUAGGGUGACUGGCGACUCCAAACUGGCCUCUCUUAGCAGGAGCGGGUGUGCCCCUUCAACAGUACCCAGUGCUGCCACGCUGUAAUAGAAAAAGCAAGUACUAAAAAUGGAUAAACAUUUCAUAAAGAUGUGAACAGACUGAAUUAUUAUCUUAGCCUAAUACAACAUUCUCAAACCUGCUAUUUGAGCUGUUUAAUCAAUUUAAUAGGAACUGUUAAAAAUAAUCCUUACCUAAUGAUGGAAAUUUUACUUUUCCAUAGAAUCCCAAAAAAUACUUUUUAGUUUUAUUUCACUAUAAACAUGAAACAGAUGUCACCAAAGCCACCUUUGACUACAGAAGGACUGCUUAUUCCUCCCCAUGGGGGGCUAUGGUGGUGGCAGGUUUCAUCCAACCAAUUCCAGAUCUUAUGUGAAAAUCUAUUGUAUUUCAAUUAAACAUGCGGCUGGCUGCUUCACAGUUUAGUCUUUUACAUAACAUCCAUAAAUUUAGCUAAUCUAGUUCAGGAUUCCAGGAGGCUGAAGCCUAACCUGGCAGCAACUGGCAAAAGUCAGAAACCAACCCUGGCCACAGUGCCCCAUAGUCCACCACAGGGCCCACUCAGACAUGAAACCAAUUUUUAAAACUCUAAUUACUUACAUGCAUGUCUUUUGUGAUAUAAGAGGAACAACAGAAUACCAGGAACAAAAACCAUCCAGACAUGAUGACAACAGGCGAUCCAGAUAGGUGUAGAACUUUAACCCAUGAGGCAAAAGUGCUAAUCACUGUACUAUCAUGCCUCCCUAAUUUGCAUCUGGGUUUAGUCACUUCUAGAGGAAUUUAAUAAGUAGGCCUAAACAUUGCUCUCAUUCAUUUCAGAUUGUCUCAAAUAUUUAAAAGGUGACUUACUAACAAUCAAACAAUUGGACACAGCAUGAAAGUUGUUGCCUCUCUUUAGUAUUCAUUCAUUGUCAUUUGCACUGGUCCUACUUUUGUCAACAGCCAUAAUUUAAUUACAAUUAAGAGGGCAAAAUGCAUAGCAAAAAAAAUAUGAAGUUGAAAAUGGAAACAAAAAGACAUUAACGAAUUAUAAUCUCAUAUUAAUGACACAAAAUGUCAUAUAUUGUCUUUAUGAUUACAGGACAAGAACAGAAGAAAUUUGGAUUAUCAAGCAAGACAUUAAUUAGAGGUAUUAAUUAUAAAGGUAUCCAAAAAUGGGCAGCCAAUAGACGCAGGGGGCAAAUAACAAUGAAUACGGGCCAGAGGUAGCUACUGUACUUCACUGUCAGUGUCACUUGUGGUAUAAGUGGCAGCAGCAGCCUAAACAAGCAAGGCUCCUCAGCGCAAAUAUGAUCAAAUUAUGAAAACCUGAUAGACUGAUAGUGCUGAAAGAUAGAUAGAUAGAUAGAUAGAUAGAUAGAUAGAUAGAUAGAUAGAUAGAUAGAUAGAUAGAUAGAUAAGGCACUAUAAGAUAGAUAGAUAGAUAGAUAGAUAGAUAGAUAGAUAGAUAGAUAGAUAGAUAGAUAGAUAGAUAGAUAGAUAGAUAGAUAGAUAGAUAGAUAGAUAGAUAGAUAGAUAGAUACAUAGAUAGAUAGAUCACUAAGGUGGAACUUAUCUUGCCCCUGUAGCAACACAAAACAUAAAGUCAUAGGCAAAGCAAUAAAAAACUAUAUAUUUUUACAAGUCCAAAAUACAGAAUUGUACAUACUAUUUCCCCAAUGUAUUUUUAAUAAUUAAAUAUCAUUAAAGGAAUAUUGCACCUAUGCCAAUGUAUCCAUUCUCACUGGCAGGAGUGAGAAUGGGAAUGAUGGCAGGACAGCAUCCUACAGAUUGUUGGAAUGAGCUAAUGUUCAGGGAAGAUGGAGAAUAUCAGUCAGUCAUGAUGAACUGUAACUCUACCAUCAUCCUGUUUUCUUCAAAGUUUCAAACAAGACAGCUAAAUUCUGAUAAAAUAUGAGUAAUCCCAUAUGUUACAUAUUUGGAUUAGUACAAUAAAGGCAUAAACUGUGAAAUAACAACAAUGUCUAACAGAAAAAGAAGCACAAUUUAAAGCAUGACUUGGCUGAAAUGACGACUUGCAAUCUCUGUGGCCUUUCUGACCAUGACUGAGCAGUCCUGGAGUAGGUUGACAAUUCUUCCCACCACACAGUAAUUAAAAUUAUUUUUUUCAUAAAUGGAUGGGUAGUUUUGGAAAGAUGUGAUGGUAUAAAGCAGAGGUCCGGUGCCAAUUUUUCCAGACUAAUUGCACUUUACCCAAUUUCCUCGUUAUGUUAACUUUCUUUCUGAUUUCAGUUUAUUUAAUCUAAUUCAACUGACUUAAAUGAAAAUUUGUUAUGUCUCUGUUUGCACUGUAUGUGCUGCAUUGAUAGAGAUUUGAUGCUGCCAAACACCAUUUAAGUGCUGUCCAACCUGGCAAAGGAGGAUAUCCUAUCGGUAAUAAAAAUGGAAAAUCUCUAAGUGACAUUUCUGCCUGCAGAGCACACCAGAGUGUCCAGUAAAGAAUAAGUGCAGCAGCUUGUGAAGAAACCUAAAAAAGGAAACUGAGCGGAGAAAGUGGAGCCAGAUGACAAGUCCAGUUUUUGGGAGUACAUGGCCCCUGAAUGCAUGGUCUCACUUACCCAAACAUUCCACCAGCAUUGUUACACUUGGUCAUCUGCAAAGAGUUUACACACUUGGGAUUUGCUCAAAUCCUUCACACAAACAGCUCAUUUGCUUGUUUUCUCCAAAACAGCAUCAUUUUGGUGGUUCAGGCCUUCUAAAGUCUGUUCUCAUGUGAGGGGUUUAAAAAGUAUCGAGAUACUUGCUGAAAACUUGAACCAGAUGCAGUGGAGAGUGUAAAUACUGUUUGCAUUUAAAAUAAGUGACUCGGAGGCACAGUGUCAGCCUUCCCAAGGCUUCAUUGGCAGUUUGUUAGCCCUGUUGUAGAGCUACCAGGCACGUGAUACCUCAUUGAUAAUGUUUUCGUAUAUUGCAGAAGACACACUGUAUGUCACUCAGUAAAUGUGGUACAACAUUUGAGGAAACUGGAAACUAUUUCCUUAGAUCCUCCAUUGCUUGUGGAGUGAAAAUGCCCACCUCGUUCUCAUUCCAACUCAUACUGCCUUUGUGUAAUUUAAUGUCUUGUUUCUAAUAAAAAACCUGGAAAAUGAGUGGUUUGCUGUGUUU